AUGGCUGAAGAAACGGGAGAGCCUCCGGUUACGGAGCAGAUAAGAAUCUCGGUGUUUACGCCGUUGAUCUACGUGGCGAUUUUGUUGGGGGUCUUCAUCGUUUUUUCCAUACGUUACAGAAGAAACAGAUUGAACAAGUUAGUUAGCAUUGAGCCUAUCUUUCCCGACAACCAGCCAGCCAAAAUAUACGAGUCAUUGAAGCAGCUGGCAGCUGAUCCCAAUGUAGCCAAAGAAAAUAAGCCUCACGACAAAGUUUUGAAGGCUGCUUUAUUGAGAAGAGGGGCCGAAGCUAUCAGAAGAUCCAUGAAGUUGAAAGAAAACGAGCCUAUUUUCAACAAGUUGUACGAGGAUGGAUUGAUUGGUGACGACGUUUACAAGCAGUUUCAAAUCCAGGCCAAAUUGCAAGAGAUUGAGUUGAAGGAAAUUGUACAGGAGUGUGAAACCUACAAGAAGGGCUGGGUCCAGACUUUCUUCCCUACUGUUCAGGAGAUUUGUUUCAACGAAGCAUUGAGAAGAAGACUUCUGGCUAUUGACUCCAGAUCUGAAGAAUAUGCGAAGUUGUGGGAGUAUUUGGUGGAUCAA